GUGGACUGCGGAACUCUGUGCAGUGUCCUGUGCCUUGAAUCCCGCCGCCCUGUGGAGCCUAAAACGACUCCCGGCGGCAUUUUGGUAUGGAGGAUCACGAGUGCCUGGUCGCUCAAGAGGAGCCAGGCGAGGAGCCACUCCGCGAGCAGGAGUCAGGCAAAGACCAGGCAUCAUGCAGGAGUAGAUUGCAAAAACUCGGCAUUGCCGCAGCCUUGCUCGGUUGCUGCCUGGCCUUGGCGUCCUUUGCGAUGCAAAUGCCCGGCCGCAAAUGCUCAGAUGUCGUUCUCUCUGCCGAACUGUCAAAGCGUGUGCCCUGGACAGGAAAGCGGCGGGGUUCGAUGGAGCGAAGAUUGAACGUGGUCACCGUUCAGGAAGCGCAGCAGAUCGUAGUCAACUUUGGCCGUGUCUUCGGAGACGUCACGGCAGAGACCACCAAGAUUGCCAACGCCUUUGCUGCGGAAUCGGAGCCCGCGGUGGACCCCAAGAGAGUCCAAGAUCGAGCUGAAGCGCGGUGCAUCCUGGGCACCCUGGCAGUCGCCGAGGGCCUUGCCAAGAUUGGCACGAAUCUGCAGAGCUCCAAAGCGGUGUGUAGCCCCGAUCCCAUCUUCUCCAUCCUGCCGGGGAAGUUCGGAAAGCUCGUGCGCGGCCUGAAAGCCUGGGUCUGCGCUAUCAACAUCGAGCUGGUGAUCGCUGGAUGGCUGGGGCUGGCCUCUGGGCUGGCGGGCGCCUCGGUGACUUGUUCCAUCGCGGCCAACGCAACGACCUCCCUGAAGCAGGACCAGCAGCUUACCGCCAGCUGCACAUCAGCUGGGUUCAGCAUGGUGAGCUUGCUGAUCUCCCUGGCCGGAUCCUUGCAGCUGUCCAUUGUGGGCUGCGAGAUUGUGGCGCAGCACAUCGAGGAGAAGCUCAGCGGAGGCCUGAAUCUCAUCGGAGCGAGCGGCCCGGCAAACUUCGGCAAGACGAACGUCGACCCCAGCAAGCUGAAGCAGAUGUCGGAAGCUCUCUACAAGCAGCUUUCUCCAGACAACUUCGGCAGCGACACGGGCACCGCCAUCGCGCCCUCCAUCAACGCCGCCGGGGCCUCGGCGGCUGCCGCCGCCUUCAGCACCGCCAGCGCCACCUCCGGGGUUGGGGCCGCCGCGGCGGCGGCAGGGCCCGUGGCGCUUGGGCGGCGCCUCUUCCUGGGAGGAGGCCCUGAGAACAUCAUGACCCAGUGUGUGGUGGACAUCGCCCAAGCCCUCACCCAGUUGGCGCUGAUGGGGGUGACCAUGGAUUCACUCGCCAACGCGGACUGCCGGAAUCCCUUCCUGGGCAUCACCUUCGCCAAAGCCAUCCCCAAGCCCAUCCGCAGCCGAGUGGAGAACUCCGUCCGGGCGGCCUGCGCUCUGGGCAUCAACGGAGUUCUGGCCAAUCUCGGAGUAGUUGUGGUCUUCCUCUCCUUCACCUCGUUCCACUGCACCAACCAGGCCAACGUAAAGGCCAUUUGCGGUGCCGGUGUGGCAGGCAUAGAGGCAGGCUUGGCUGGCCUUGCUGGAUCCGGGGCCGCCGCCUAUAUAGCCUGCACAGAGGGCGGGAGGAUCAACAAGACCACCGCGCUUAUCACAAAAUUCACCACGGACUACCUGAACGAGGCAGCGGAGGAUGUGGUGCAAGAGACAUGCCCCGACCUGUCCCUGGAGUGCUUCACAGAGUUCGCCGGCUUCUUCGCGAAUUGCCCCGUGGGCUCUACCGUCCCAGGGCCCGUGACGGCUCAGUGCCCCCGGCUGCCGACGCGUGAUUCAUGCCCAGGAAUCCAGCACUGCCGCAGCUCCUUCAAUCUCUAUCGGCAAACCUUGAUCCAGAACGGGGACGUCUGGUUCCCCGCACUGGGCAGCCAGGAGUUCGUUGACUUAGUGGAUAACGCCAAUCCGUGCUUCCAGUACUUGACUUGCUUCCUGAACUACGUCCCUCCCACACGGCGGCUGCAGAACGGCUCCUACGAAAAGAUGCCGGAGUCGCCGGACAAACUCUUCAGCGACGGCAUGCGGACUUUGCUCCUUCAGAAGAUCUUUGGCCCAGACCCGGAGCACUGGCGCCCCUCGGCGCAUGGCCCAGGCUCAUUUGAGCUGCUGGGAGGAAAGAUCGCGGACGGGGAGAUCCAGGGUAAGCCUAUGUCCGAAGUCCCAAAAGACCAUUCCUUGCAGCUUCACGAGAGGCUUUGGGCGUCCAUCGGCAAGAACUUGAGCAACAUGGCCCUUGAAGUGAACGAGAGCAUUCAGAACCUCAGCGCUUCCUUACUGCGUGCGAACGAAGAGGGCCAGGCGAUUUUGGAGCAGGUGUCCAAGGAGAUAAAAAAGAAGCAGGAAGCGGAGCUCUGUGCAGAGGAACAGGAAUUCCUGGUGGACGACCACCAAGAGACGAUGCCAUGACUGAGGCCGAGCGAGGGAGGCUGCCCUGGACCUUGUGGGCUGACCACAGUACAGAUGAUUUUUCCAGCGCACCGAGCCUGGGGCUAUGAAGUUCUGCGGGGCUAUGAAUUGGCCAGAAACGACAGUUUGCCUGCUAACUGUGAAC